UCUGCCCCCGCGUCUCUAUGGUAGAGCCGGCCUCCGAGGCGGCAGCGGCGGUGAGGAAGAGUGCGAGCGCCGAGUUUCUGACGGGCCUGGAGGUUUGGGGCGCAUAGGGUCGCCAUGUCAGAGAAAAAACAGCCGGUAGACCUGGGUCUCCUGGAGGAGGACGACGAAUUCGAGGAGUUCCCUGCGGAAGAUUGGGCUGGUUUGGAUGAAGAUGAAGAUGCACAUGUCUGGGAGGAUAAUUGGGAUGAUGACAAUGUAGAAGAUGACUUUUCCAAUCAAUUACGAGCUGAACUAGAGAAACAUGGUUAUAAGAUGGAGACCUCAUAGCAUCCAGAAGUGUUGAAGCAACCUAAACUUGACCUGUUUACUAAAUUCCAGGACAGAGGACCCAGGACGGAACACUUUAAAAAAUUACAUGUUUAUUUCAUUACCUGUUUGAACUUAUUUUUGUUUUUGUAACACAAAAAAUAAAUGUUUUG